GCGGAUGUAGGCUGAAGGUGUUUAGUCUCUUCGAGGGGGUUCCUGACGAGCCUGCGGCAGUGGAGAGACACUGCCGAAAGGUGAUAAUAGUUUGCUAGUCAUGGCCCUUCAUCAGUAAAGUAAGCAUCUUUGUCCCAAGUGCUCGGUCAGCCCCUAAAUACAGCGGCUGCCAUUGUCUCUGCUCCCCGCACCUGACUGCCGCUUGCGUUUGCCUGCCUCCGUUUCUUGAGGCGAGAUACCUCUGGAGACACGCAAAACAGCCUCCGAGGCUGAACAGGGUCCACCGGAUCGACUACAGGGCCCGUCGCCAGUGGAAGCAAAGCAGAGAGAAAAUUACUUCACAGCAGUGCAGGUCCAACUUCAGUGCCAGAUCUGGUGGCCUUGGAGUGGCUGAAGACCACCACCCUCCACAGGCCUGCGCCCAAGCACAGCUAUCCUUUAUCUUGAGUGAGCUUCCUCAGCAUGCUGUCUAUAUCAUUGGCAGAAACUCUAGUUGGAAAGGGGGCUGACUGACUACCGGACUCUAUGUGAAAACACCAACUUGGGGCUGACUUUCAGGCAAAGCUGGGAUAAGGGCAUAUAAGGGCUUUGCUUUUAUCUUGAACCAUGAUUGGCUCUACAGCUAAAGCGAAAGGUAGAGAAGAGUCUGGAGCUUCCGCGAAACCUGGAAGCAAAAGCCUUGCCAAUGCUAAAGGAAAAGCCAAGAGUCAGACCAAGAAAGUGGUUGAGACAGAACCAAAAGAAGAAUUGGGGAACCAGGCUGAGGCUAGGGGUAAAGCAAUGGCCAGGACACAAACAGUGACUCACACUGAGCCUGAGACUGUGACAUGGAAAGUGAAAAAAAAGAAAGAUAAGACUAGUAUUACAGUCAAGGCUCAGACUAACACAGAGCUCCUGAAAGAGCCUGGGUUAGUGCCUCACUCCAAGUCAGAUGCCUCACCUAUGUCUGUGGUCAUUACGGUAACCAAGUCUGAAGUCAAGGUUGACGCUGCUAUUGAGGCGUCUGGCAAGUGCUCAGCCAAAGCUAGUGAUAAGGGCAAUAUGAAGCACAAACCUGAGAUAAAGAAAGAGACCUGUGUCAAAUCUGGGGCUGGUAGCAAAACUAGUAUUGUCAUUAACACCACUGAUGAUGAUGAAGAAUAUGUGUGCUCCUGGUUUUGGACUGGAGAAGAGCCUAGUGUAGGGUCCUGGUUCUGGCCUAAAGAUGAAUACCCUCUUCAAGUUUAUCAGCCCCCACCUAAAGUUGAGGAAGAACCUGAACCUGCAGAUACAUUUGACUUUACUUUAAAAAAAAAAGCAGCAGCAUGGGCAAGGGGCAGGUUUAUUGUCCUAGUUCCAGUUGAGGAAGGCGAGCGAUCUUUACCUCCAGAAGGGAACUGGACUCUGGUUGCGACCUUAAUUGAAACUCCUCUGGGUGUUCGACCAUUGACCAAGAUUCCACCUUUUGAAGGACCUUACUUCCAGACCUUAGCUGAAGUAAAAGAACAAAUCCGGGAAAGAGAAAAGUAUGAACCCAACCCAAAGACCUGUCGCUGUAAAUCGCGUACCUUUAGUUUAGAGCCUGUAGAGUUUGAUAAGCUUGUUGCCCUACUUAGGUUAACUAGGGAUCCUUUUAUUCAUGAGAUAGCUACAAUGAUAAUGGGCAUCAGUCCUGCUUACCCAUUUACUCAAGAUAUCGUUCAUGAUGUUGGUAUUACUGUUAUGAUUGAAAAUUUUGUCAACAAUCCAAAUGCUAAAAAGUACCCUAGAAAUUUAAAUGUGAGUGCCAGCACUGAUGCUUCUGAGGAAGCAAAAGAGAAUGAAGCGCAUGUAAAUAAAGUUUGUAGGGACAUACUCUGUUGUCCUUUGAACUGCUCUGUACAAGUUGAGGAACUAAAACUGUUAGCGAGCCUGAGUAUAAAAUUUGAUUACCACCACGUGAUUGUCAAUUACGUUCGCUAUUUUAUCACAUUGUUAAGCAAAGGAAGUGUCAAAAUCAAAUUUCAGAUUUUAAGGGUUAUUUUAUAUUUGUCAAAGAAUCAAGCCAAUAUAAGAGAACUGAUCAGUGGUGAAGUACUGUCGUCACUGGUUGCUCUCUUUCAUAAGAACGAGUCAAAGGCUAAUAUUCUACAUAUCAUUGAUAUAUUUGAGAAUAUAAAUUUCCAGUUCAAAAAAAGGGCAAAGCUGUUUACCAAGGAAAUGUUCACUAAAUCUGAACUUAUUUCCAUAUUCCAUGAGGCAAAAGAGUUUGAUCAGAAACUCAAUGAUUUAGCAGAGCACAGUGACCCUGAUGUGAGAGAUAAAGUUAUCCGAUUAAUACUCAAACUCUGAAUAGCUGUAUAUUCUCACAAAACCUUGAGCAUUUUUGUCUUUCCAAUAUAAAUCUAAUGCAUAUUAUAAGUAUAAAUUUGAUAUUUACACUCUCUGUGUUGAGGGAGGCAAUUUUAUGGAUGCUAGUCAUCUUGAGAGAGUAAACACUUGUUGGUUUUUAUUGUGCUUAUCUAUAAUAUAAAUUGGUAUUUUUGGUAUCUGUAAUGUAACCCAGUACUGAACCUAUUCACCCUAAAUAAGCUAUAUUUCUGUGCGUUACACUGAUAUGAGUGUAUUUUCGUAUUCCAUUUGCGUGUUUUUAAUAAAGUUGCAUGCUAAACAUGAUGAAAACAUUGUCCUAGUUCUUCAGUUGAAUUGUAGUCAGAGAUGAACAAUGUAAAGAUAGCCAUGAUCGUGGUCUGUCCAUUUACUGAUGGGGGUGGCACAAACAAACGGGUUCACAGAUUGGAAGAUCUUUUCGUUUAUA